UCAUAGCGUACUCCAAGUAAUUCAGUACUAGUCUACCAGAGGUAUUUGUGUGUGGAGGCUGCUGGUGUGUCAUCAAAAAGGGAAACUGGUGGGAGUUGACAAAUUAAAUAUCAGCAAAACAGGAUAAACUAAUAGCAAUCGAUACAAAGGAUUUGCAAAAUGGCUUGGUAAAUAAAGACAUCUUGUAUUUAUUUUUAAACGACAAUGGCUUUGCUGGAAUAAAAUUCAGAAUAAAAUGUUUCAGAGAGUUCGAAGGAAAAGGUCGCCGACCACGAACAACGUUACGUCGUGUAGUGCAACCAGUGGAGCAGGCGCCGGUGGUUUAACUAUCGAUCCAAGAGUGGGCUCGGUUAGUCGGCUGCUGCCUAUGAAAGCUGUCGUUCCGUUUCACCUGAACCCUGAAUCACAUCCUUCCCUGAUAACGAAGUCUCUACGUGGUGCUUCUGGCAGCCCCACUCGCAGCAGCAACAUCAAUAACAGUGAAGGCGACGCGAAGUGCACGCGCGCGUCCACGUCACGCGCUUGCAGCCCAGCUCGUGCGAUCCCCGACGCUCCCAUUCAUUCUGCGCUCUCCAUCUCCACCAUCGGCAGCCUUGCUUUCGCCGUUGCCACGCAGACUGUGACAUCUUCAUCGUCAUCUUCGUCACCGUCACCCAGAGGUAGCACCCGAGGAAGACUGCAGUACUUGCCAGAACACGACAGGCAAUCACCAGGCAGACGAAGCCUCAUUUCCCCAAUCUGCAAAGAGAGGGCCAAACAGCCUCCCGCGGCUCCUGCACCGGCCUGCCCCGUGGGCAGUGGGCUCCGCCGCACCUCCUCGCUGGAUACACUCACUGGUUCUUACCUGGCGGGGCACUGGCCUCGGGACGACAGCAGCAUCCAGUGUGCACCCUGCAUGCGGGACAAGGCCACUCAGGUAAAUCCUGGCCAUGUCCACACAAACCACACCCCCUCACUGCCCAUGCCCUUCACUGGCUAUGCCCCUCACUGGCUAUGCCCACCCACGGCCAUGCCUCUCAGGGGGUGUGCUGAGAGUCAUGCACGCACCUCCACAGGAAGCUACCGGCUGCCGUAG